AUGCAGGUGCCACAAGACGGAGAGGACUUUGUGGGCCAACCCUGGUACCACGGCCCCCUGUCCCGCCAGAAGGCCGAGGACCUUCUCCAGCAAGAUGGUGACUUCUUAGUUCGUGCGUCCAAGUCCCGUGGGGGCCACCCUGUGAUCUCCUGCCGCUGGCGGGGCUCAGCCCUGCACUUCGAGGUGCUCCGUGUGGCCCUGAGGCCCCGGCCAGGCAGGCCCACAGCUCUCUUUCAGCUAGAGGAUGAGCGUUUCCCCAGCCUGCCUGCCCUGGUUCGCAGCUAUGUGAUUGGCCAGCGUCCACUGUCGCAAGCCACAGGGGCUGUGGCCUCCAGGCCAGUGCCACGGCAAGGACCAAUUCGACGCAGCUUUAGUGAGGACACCCUUCCAGACGGCCUGGCUCGCACAGAGCCGCUCAGGGAUAGGAAGCGGAGUGAUAGUCAGCCCGCAGGUUUGGAGCAUCUGUGGCGGCCACCAGAAGACCCUCCUGGACCAGGAGCCUCCACUGUACCUGCAUCUGGCCUGCCUCGGACAGGUAGUGACCCCGUGAUACUAAAGACCCCAGUUCCCUUAGAGUCCGUUGCUGACAGUCUCAGGGCCUCUGAUGGGCAGCUUCAUGCCAAGGCCCCAACCAAGCCACCUCGAACACCCUCACUGCUGCUGCCUGAUGCCUCUGGACGCCCCCCGACGUACUGUGAGCUGGUGCCCCGAGUGCUCAGGGUCCAAGGACCGCCCCCUGGCCACAGCUGCCCAGAGUCAGAGGUGCCCUGGUGGGAAGCCGAGGAGGAGAAAGAGGAGGACAGAUGUUUUGCAAGACCGCAGGCUGAGGUCUCUUUCUGUCUCCCUGAAACCCCCUCCUGCCUGCUGGGGUCCCAGAAUCGGCCUCUGGAACCCGAAGUCCUGCAUACUCUCCGUGGCCUGUUCUUGGCACACCAUCCUGGGAGCACAGCUCUCCACUUGCUAUUGAUAGACUGCCAGGCCACAGGCGUCCUGGGAGUGACCAAGGCGCAGCGGGGCGCCAUGGGGGUCUCCUCUGGUCUGGAGCUGCUCACACUUCCCCACGGGCAUCUCUUGAGGUUGGAAUUGCUGGAGAGGCUUGAGACGCUGGCGUUGGCGGGGGCUCUGGCAGUGCUGGGCUGCGCAGGGCCGCUGGAAGAACGCGCGGGCGCCCUGAGGGGCCUGGUGGAGCUGGCCGUGGCGCUGCGGCCAGGGGCGGUGGGGGACCUGCCCGGACUGGCCGCGGUGAUGGGCGCCUUGCUCAUGCCCCAGGUGACGCGUUUGGAACGCACGUGGCGCCACCUGAGAAGGAGCCACACGGAGGCUGCGCUGGCCUUUGAGCAGGAGCUGAAGCCGCUGAUGCGAUCGCUGAAUGAGGGCGCCGGACCCAGCGAUCCCGGCGAGGUGGCGCUGCCGCACGUGGCACCCGCGGCGCGCCUGCUGGAGGGUGAGGAAGUCCCGGGGCCCUUGGACGAGAGCUGCGAGCGGCUGCUGCGCACUCUGCACCGGGCGCGUCAGACGGCCCGGGACGCGCCCAGGUUCCGCGAGGCGGCGGCGCGGCGCCUGCGAGGAUUCCGGCCCAACCCGGAGCUGACAGAGGCCCUGACCACUGGCUUCUUGAGGAGGUUGCUCUGGGGGAGCCGAGGGGCUGGGGCACCAUGGGCCACACGACUCGAGAAGUUCCAACGUGUCCUCAGCGUCCUCUCGCAGCGCCUGGAGCCUGACCCUUGA